AUGUUUUCACUUUUUUACGGUUUUGUAAUGUUAUGCGCGCUGGGCUGCCGACACCAAGCGAGCUGCCAAGUGGACGACGGAAAGCGGUACAUUUGCCGAGCGGUGCCCCUCGUCGGCGACACCAGCUGCCCAGUGACCUUGUUACCGGAAAUCAGCAGCGGGGGUCAAGAAGAGGAGCUCCGCAACACUGUCAUGCAGCUACGAGAGACUAUAUUGAUGCAGAAAGAGACCAUUUCCAGGCAAUUAGUCACUAUUAACGAGCUGACCACCAAACUGUCUCUAUGCGCAUCAACCACUGAUGAUAGAAAGUACGAAAAGGGGGCUCUCCGGGGCAAAGUGAAGCAAAACACAAUGGGAGACGUCCCCAGAGAUCCCAACGACACAGUGGAGAAUCUUGGAAAAACGAUGCAGGGGCUCAAGGACCGACUGGAGAAUCUGGAGCAACAGCAGAUGCGGGCCAACAUAUCUGGCGCGCCGUUUCCCACUGAGCUGCGUGACUUGCUGCAGCGUCGCCUGGUUGAGCUGGAGAAACAGCUCCUGAGAAAAGUCAACAACCUGGAAGAGGAGAAGAGCAUGCUGACCAAUGCCACCGCGGAAUACCAACUCAAGACGGAAAAUACGCUCAACGAGCUGGUAGAGAGGAUAAGCGAGCUGGAGAAAGGAGGGGAAGAUUUCAAGUCUCCUGAGCAGUUCAAGAUCUCUCUUCCCCAGCGUACAAACUACCUGUACGGCCGCAUCAUCAAGAGCCUUCCAGAGAUGUAUGCAUUCACGCUCUGCAUGUGGAUUAAGUCCCGCGCCACUCCAGGCAUCGGGACACCCUUCUCCUAUGGCGUGCCCGGACAAGCCAAUGAGAUUGUGCUGAUCGAAUGGGGAAAUAACCCAAUUGAGCUGCUCAUUAAUGACAAGGUUGCUCAACUGCCCUUGGACGUACGUGACGGAAGGUGGCACCACAUCUGCAUUACCUGGACCACCAGAGAUGGUCAGUGGGAGGCUUAUCAAGAUGGAGAAAAGCAAGGCACAGGAGACAACCUGGCAGCAUGGCACCCUAUUAAACCAGGAGGGGUGAUCAUCCUGGGCCAAGAGCAGGAUGUUGUCGGUGGACGCUUUGAUGCCGGACAGGCCUUUGUGGGUGAAUUGAGUCAAGUUAACAUAUGGGACCGUGUUCUGAAGCCUGCGGAUAUCCAGUCUAUGGCCAACUGCACGUCGUACCUGCCGGGUAACGUGAUCUCGUGGCUUGCGGCUAAUGUUGAGGUGUUCGGAAGAGGGGCCUUUAAAAGGCCCUUGGAGAUGUGUCAGGAGAGGCUGCCUAAUAACUAA